AUGAAGACUCUUGAAGUUCAAGACUUUGAAAUCGAUGUUGCAACCUUGCUCUGCGAUGUUGUGGACUGCAAGGACGACAAAGCGACCAAAAUCAAAGCGAUCCUCGACGACUACAAAAUUGUGGGUGAAGUUUGUUUCUUUUCAACCCAAUUCGGCCAGAAGUACGUGAUUGCUGUGUGUAAAAGGCACAGUUCCAGAGUUCUGUUCUGCGCAUUUGCAGGGACAUAUCUCUCUGGUGAUUGGGAGGAUGCUUCUACACAAUACAAAAAAGCAAUUGGAUUUUCCAAACGAGCCUCGGACAUUCCGAGAGAAGGUAUCGAGAGAUUGGCGCAGCAAAGCAGGGCCUCGAGAAUUGUCUUUUGUGGUCAUGGCCUGGGUGGGGCCGUGGCCCAUCUCGUGUUGAUUUUGUUUCUGAGCACUCAGCAAGGCAGUCGAGGCCGUUUUGCAGACGACGAUGCGAUAUCUGUCGGAUUCGGAGCUCCUCACUUUGGCGAUGAGGACCUGCUUGAUAGUAUCAAGGAACAAGGAUGGGUCGACCGCAUCAUCAAUGUCGUGGAUCCUCAGGACCCCAUUCCCCGAGUCAUGAACCUUGCUGCUGCGCUUUGUAGUGUGGAUGAUGGCCCGACAAGCCCAUCUUCAAGACUGUUUUCAGCUUGUUUGCGAUUUCUGAACUCGCGAGAAAAACCAGUCGAAUUGGCACGGGCGAUCCAGAAAGGCUCACCAAAUAGUGUCAGCGCAUGGUUGCAGUUCGUUUCAAUUGGCCGCUGCGUUUACCUUGAAAACGAGACUGUCACUCUCAAAGCAAGCGAAGCACACGGGCUUUCUGAACAGGUUGGAACUUCCUUUCGUUGCCGAGAAGACUGGCAACGACUUGCUCAGGAUCUUCGGGACCGCAAACAUCUCUCUCGACAUGGGAUUCCCGCAUAUCGCAAGCUGCUUGAGGCCCGGGGGGAGACUGUGUCAAAAAUGUGCCUCAGGAAAGAUUGGGCCGAUCUGAACAACCCAGGAGAGCACGUCGAAAGUCCGAUUAGUCCAUCCAAUCUAAAGCCAGAGGUCCAGGAAGUACUUUGUGAAACUCUGAAGAAAGGUGGUAUUUGCUAUCGACUGAUUAGAGUGUGUGGCAUUAAUCUUGACUUUGCAGACAUCGACACGGUCGAUCCCGACGAAAUUGAUGGCAAAUGGAGUCGUGACGCUGUUGAGGCAUCUCAACUUAGCCGGAGGAACACGAAUGUUCUUGUCAUGGAGCAAGAAUUGAAAGAGGCAGCGAUUGCGAAACCACGAGAAGAUAUUACGAUCUUGGUGCGGUCUGAUGUGGUCACCCAAGGAUAUGUGGCUAGUAAGGUCAAGGCUGAGUUGCCGCGCAAUAAGUGUCAUGAUGCGGUUGGUGUGGCGGACGACGCUCUUGCCUUCUACGGCGGGCAGUUCUUUCUUGACACCCAGCAGCAUGCGUGGAUAAUGAAGAAGCUCUUCAAUGAUGACAGGCUCAGUGUCAAGCUCCAGGAUUUCCAGGAGGAGGCGGAUCGAAAUUGUGGAAAGGACACGACGUUUCUCUCAAUGCAAGCAUCAUGGAAGCGUCUUGAAGAUGUUGGAACGUAUCCAGGCAACAUGGGCAACAUGAGGAAGACUCGAGAUGCAGGCAACAUGAGGAAGACUCGAGAUGCUUUGUAUGAUUGGAUUGUGCCUCCGGAAGGGCUUCCACUACAGACAGAGGCACAGGUUUGGUGCUUCGCGGCCAUUGUAGCUUCUUCUUUCCUUCUCGGAGGUGGCGUAAUCUCUGCCGGAGGUUUGGGUGUGAUGAUGGGCGUUGGCCGCAUCACAGGCGACUUGGUCAAGGUCUACACAGGUUGGGCCCCCCGAUCGAGAUCUGAGUUUCAGUUGGAAGAAGAACUUCUAAAGGCUCAUGACGCACAUCAAAAAGGGAAGAAAACGACGACGCCAACAAAAUUCCCCACGUUCGAUGACUACGACCCCCCAUCACAAAAGAAGAUAAGAGCACGCAUAGCCGUGAUCCGGAAGCUUCAUGAAGUGAAGAAAGCUAGGAUGAAGGGAACUGUGAUUUCAGUUUGCGGGCCCCGUGAUUCAGGGAAAACGACGCCCUUUCUCAGCUGCUACAAAAACCAAACCUUGCACUUGCCACGGGUAUCACUGGUGGAGAAGGGGAGACCCGAGUUGUUACGCCCUACUCUUUUCCCAGCGUCCCUGGGUUCGCUGUUCUUGACACCCCUGGUAGAGUAUGCGGGUUUGCCAACGGAGGUGGACGUGGCUGUGAUUCAAAAGAUACUCCAGAACUCGUCCCGCAGCCGCGAUCCGAAAAUCUUGGUGUGCUUGAAUCGUUGCGUCUCAAAAUUGACGGAGGAUGCCGCAGGAGAGAUCUUUGACGUCACCGCAGCAGAGGAGAAAAAGAAAUGGCAGGAAAGUCUGGCGAAACUACAGUCGUCUGAAACCACGCAGUGGACUUUAAGCGCUUCCUCCGCAAGCUCCAUUUCGGUCGAGUUUGUGGAGCUGAAGGGCGACAGGAGGAAAGAGGACUCCUACAACGAGGAUGAACGUACCAAAGGUAUCUGGACAACGUCUUCCAUUGGAACCUGGAUCACGCAAAAUGCAAUGGAAGGAACCGAAGAAAACUGUGGUAAAGUUCAUGCCUUCUUGAGUGCCUUCGACUACCCGAACUGGCAGGAAGGCGUGCGGAAGUGCCGAAAGGAAAGAAAAGAGCAAGAAGAACGGGAACGAGAGGCCACCCAGAGAAUGCUCGAUGCAUUGAACCAUUAA